CACAGUUUCCUUUACCGGAUGAAAGGAGGAAACAUUCAGUGUCAAGGAACACCUGAGCAACUCACCGGGCAGAAAUGGCUCCAGGGUCCUGGUUUUCUCCUCUGGCCAUUGCCCUGAUCACUCUGGGACUGCAGUGGCCACAGCAAGUUGCCACCUUCCCGGCCAUGCCCCUUUCCAGCCUGUUUGCCAACGCUGUGCUGAGGGCUCAGCACCUUCACCUCCUGGCUGCAGAGACCUACAAGCAGUUUGAACGCAGCUAUAUUCCAGAGGACCAAAGACACACCAACAAAAAUUCCCAGGUGGCAUAUUGCUACUCAGAGACCAUCCCUGCUCCCACGGGGAAGGACGACGCCCAGCAGAAAUCGGACAUGGAGCUGCUUCGUUUUUCCCUGGUUCUCAUCCAGUCCUGGCUGACCCCGGUGCAGUAUCUGAGCAAGGUGUUCACAAACAACCUGGUUCUUGGCACCUCAGACAGAGUGUAUGAAAAACUAAAGGACCUGGAAGAAGGGAUCCAAGCUCUGAUGAGGGAGCUGGAGGACCGGAGCCCACGGGGGCCCCAGAUCCUCAAACCCACCUACGAGAAGUUCGACGUCCACCCGCGCGGCGAGGACGCGCUGCUCAAGAACUACGGCCUCCUGUCCUGCUUCAAGAAGGACCUGCACAAGGUGGAGACCUACCUGAAGGUGAUGAAGUGCCGGCGCUACGGAGAGGGGAACUGCAUCGUCUGACCCCCGGGAUGGAUCCCCCUCCCGCCCCCGGCCCUCGGCCGCGGCUGCCCUGCUCCCGGGGGAGAAAAUCGGAGAAUAAACCCGCUACUGCCAA